AUGGUCUAUUUUUGUAUACGUGCACAUUGUUUAGCUCAACAACAAGAAUGGAAAAAAGACUAUGAGGAUAUUAGUGGUUUGAAAAAAGAUAUAUAUGAUCAUUUUCAAGUAUAUAAUAUCAAUGAGGAAUCAUCUGUUAUUGUUUAUUAUGAUGAAAAAGAAAAAUGUGAUCGUAGACUUGAUAAUUUAGAUAUUUUACUAAAAGAUGAUAAUACUAUAUUUGAUGUGUAUGUCAAACGAAUAUGGGCUUGUUGUGGUGUUUGUUUUGGUCCAUUUGAUAUUAUACCUGAUCGUCUUCCACUCGAAUGUACUGAAAAACUUUGUAAUGUGCAAUGUUGUGUUAAAUGUGUAGAUAUUAUUUGUGAAUUGAAUAAGAAUCGCAAGUUUACUUGUAUGUUUUGUAACAAGACUGGUGAUCGACCUAAACGCAAUAUUUUACUUGAAAAUAUUUUUUUGUGGAAACCAUAUACAAUAAGAUAUGGUGCACAUAGUACAGAACGUAUAGAAACAAUAUUUAAUGCACCUAAUUUAUCUGAUGCUAUUCAUCGAAUUGAAAAUCGUCGAACACACAUACAAACAUUGCAAACUACAUUGAAAAUGCGUUUAUCAACUCUCACAGAGACAGAUUCUCAUUCAGAUAAGAGCACAUAUUAUCUUAUUGCAGCUGAUCAAUUAAGUGGCAAAUUAGAAACAUUUAUAACACGAUUGAGAAUAUGCGAACGAAAUAUAAUAUCACAAUCAGUGUCUUUUCGAACUCUUGUAAAUAAUUAUCGUAAAUUGCUUCGAGAUAGUAUUUGCCAAAAGUCUUCAAAACAAGAAGCAGCUUCUUUUAUUCUUUUAUGUGAAAAACUAUCGGCUUCUGAUUACGAAACUAUUGAACAUAUGAUGACUAUGAAUGAACAAUUGAUCAUAACUGAAUCAAAUUUGAUUUCCAUAUAUAAUGCUAAUAAAUUGAAAGCUAUAACUGUCAAAGAAAGUAUUGCAUGUGUUACGGAUAUACUUGAAGAUAUCGUUUAUAGACGAAGUAUUCUUCAAGAAAAACAGCAACAAGUAGCUGAUUUAUAUUUAAAUUCAAUCAAUCAUCCAUUUCACACAUAUUAUGUUCAUCAACAUCAAAAUGCAACAACAAUGAUUACUUCACUUGAUGAAUAUGAAAUAAAAUUUAUUUAUUUUCGAGAUAUUUAUAAUGAAAUUGAUAGUAUUAUGCAUGAAUAUAAAGAUGAAUUAACUAAAAAAACAUUAGAUGAUACAUCAAAUGAACAUACUUCAUUGCCUACUUCAGAACAGAUGGCUACAUUUCAAUGUUCAAGAUUAAUACUUAUUUCUGAAUUAUUACGUUCUGAAACAGAUCAAAUUGAAAUAGAAACUAUUUUUCCUCGAAUAACUAAACAAGUACAACAAUGGCAACAAAGUCAAGUUAAUGAUCCUAAAAUUUAUGAUCUAUUUGCCACAUUAGAACAAGAUCUAUUGUCUUUAUAUGAUCCAAAUCAUUCUUUACUGCAUCUAAUUCCAUUUCGAGUAGGUUUUAUUGGAAAUAUUAGUGUUGGUAAAAGUUCUUUAGUUAAUUAUUUGCGUACUCAAAACUCGAUAUCAACAUCUACUAAUCGAACAUUAUCUCCAACAGCAGUUGGUCAAUCAACUGUUGGAUCAUUACAAUUCGACGAACAACAUCUAUGUUCUAAAACACAAACAGUGGUAACUAUUCGUUAUGUUGAUAUUGAAGGUUGUGCUGAUUUUAGCGCCAAAGUGAAAGCUGCAUCGUAUUUUGAGCAAAUCCAAAAAGCUGAUUGUGAUUUAUAUAUUAUUUUAUAUACUGGUCAACAAGUAAGUUUUGAACGUAAAUUAGAAAAAGAAAUUAAAGAACGACUGAAUCGACCAUGUUGGUAUGUGCGAUCGAAAGUUGAUAUAGAAUUUGAAGAACAUUUUAAUGAAAAAAUAAGACGACGAAAACUUGAUUAUCCUGAUAUUACAAUUGAAGAUAAUGAAGAAAAUGAAUUUGCUGAACAAGUCGUUGAAAUCAUUCGAGAAAAAGCUAUUGAAAUAUGUCAAACAUCAUCAGAUAAAGUUUUUCUCAUUAAUUCUCUUUAUUCAAAUACAGAAGAAAAUAAUAAAGAUAAAAUUAAUAGUAAAACACAUCCAUUUGAUAUCCAUUUGCUUAGUCAACAAUUGAUCAAUGCUGCUCAACAAUCUUACACACAAGAACGUAUUAAACGGAUGGCUGCUAUGACAUGUGCUCGUAUUAUUGGUACUUGUUUUCGUCGACGAUGUAUUACAUCAUUUAUUAGCCAUGAAUUUCUAGCAAGUGUUAGUGCAAUAUUAGUUCCAUGGGGAGAUCAAAUAGCACUUGCUCAUACACGUUUUGGUAUUCGUACUGCACUUGGAGUACAAGAUAGACCAUCCCUAUAUAAUCAAUUGAUGAAAAAAGUGGAUGAAUUUGAAUCAUUAUUACUCAAGUAUCCAUUAAAUAUUGAUCCAAUGGAUCUUAAAUCUGAUGCAUUUAAUUAUUUAAAAACAACAGACUCAACAACAAUGACCGGUAUAAUUCAUAAUAAAAAUGAAUACUCGGAAACACUGCAUCUUGGACGCGAACCAAAAACCAAUUCAUCUAUAGCAAGAAAACUGUCAUCAGCAAUACCAACUGGAGUAUAUGCAUGUGGUUUAGUAGGAAAAAAAAUAGCCGCUACUUUAGCUAUCAGUUCAUUGAGUUAUGGCGUUGGUGUAGGUUUUCUUGGUUUAGGUAUUGUUGCGGCCAUUCCUAUUGGCUUAUGGGCAUCGAAAACAUCAGGCAAAGAAAUACGUGACUAUCUAGAUAAUCUUUGUGCUGAUCUAUUGAUCAUUUCAGAGCAUUUUAUUGUUGCAAUUAUUAAUCAACAAGAAUUCGACAGAGAAUAA